AUGGCUUCUCCAAUGCAGCCAGUAAUCGUCUCCUCCUCCCCUCCGCAGCCCUCCUCCUCCCCUUCCUCCUCCUCCCCAUCCGCCUCCUCCUCCCGCGCGCCCUCCCCUGCCCUCGACCAAUCCAACAACGCAACCUCGCUCGACUCCUCCACCGAGCACUGCUCCGAUCCAAUAAUAGUCUCCGCCUCCUGUCUUCUCACCCCCGACGCCGCCUCUGAAGACGACGAGGCCGCACCGGCUGCAGCACCGGCUGCAUCCACCACCCCUCCCGCCCAGUCCACCGCGACCACCGCCCGCGAAUCCGACCCAAUCCUCACAAUCUCCGUCACAAACCUCCCCUACGUCGUUCGCUGGCAAGAACUAAAGGAUCUCGUCAAGGGAAUCAUCCCUGCCACCGACAUCGUCCGCUCUGAAGUCUUCAUCAUCGACGACGACAACAAGCGCUCCCAGGGCUCGGGCUCAAUCAUCAUCCGCGGCCGCGAAUCCGCCAAUAAAUGCGUUGAAACCCUCAACGGCUUCGAGUGGCACGGCCGACCACUGGCGGCUACCAUCGUGCCCGCGAUGGCAUACUACCCAAUGCCAUCUGCCGCCGUCGCGCCCUACGCGGCCUACACCGGCCGGCAGCGCGUCUCCUCGCCUGCGUCCUUCCCGCUGAACGCGACCGUUGCCGCGCAGUACGGUCUCAUGCCGUACCAGAUCCCUGCGCAACCCUACGCGGAGUACUACGAGCCCUCGAUGCAGUUCGGGCCUCCCCCUCCUGCGCUCGCGCCCAUGUCGCUGUCGUCGCAGCAGCUCUUCCAGCAGCAGCAGCAUCAGCACCAACACCAGGGCUUGCCGUACUUCCCACCCCAGCUCCCGAUGGCGAUGCACCACCAGCCUACGCAGCGCCGGCCGCACAAUCAGGGUAACGAGAACAGCAGCAGCAGCAGCAGCACGAGCAGCUACCAGCAGCAACCGCAGCAGAUCGACAAGCGGAAAGUGUUUAUCGGCAACAUCCCGUUCACGACGCAGUGGCGCGACCUGCGCGAGUUUGUGCAGACGGCGGGCAAGAUCGUGCGCAUCGAGAUCAUCAUGAACGACGAAAACAAGUCGCGCGGGUUCGCUAUCGCUGUCUUUGAGACCGACGAGGACGCGCAGAACGCAAUCGACCAGUUUGACGGGCAAAAGUUCCAGGGACGGGCGCUCACCGUGCGCUUGGACAAGUACCCAGACUCGCGGCCGCCGCCGAACCAUAGCCGCAACAACCACAGCAACCACAGUAACAACGGUAUGUUCCUGAGCAACAACAUGAGCUUUUCGGCACCAUCGUCGGCCUUGACGUCUUCUUCGUCCGGAGACUCGUCGCCCAAGUCGCGCGACUACACAAGCGCGCCGUACCCGAACGGCGGCGCGCGGAAGCACUCAAAGUACGGCGGCGAGAGCGUGAACAGCAGCCGGUCAAACAGCUACAGCUCUCCCGGGAUGCAAUACUACCCAGCGCCGUUCACGCCCGACCUCGGCGGCGCGGGCAUGUGGCCUGGCGGAGCACCGCCGCCGCAGCAGCAGUUCCCGCCCAACUCUGCCUCGGCGGCGGCGGCGGCGGCAGCAGCUGCUGCUGCGUACUGGUCGCAAUAUCAGCAGGGAAUGCCGUCGGCUGGCUACGCGAUGAUGCAGAACCAGUUCCAGGGUAUGUCGCUGAUGCCGUCACCCGCCGCGGCGGCGGCAGCCAUCUCUGCUGCUCAGGCGCAGGGAGGCAGAUAUCAGCACCAGCAGCCGCAUAUGCAGUCUUAUAUCGCUGGCCCGGGAUCGUAUGGCAUGCCGGGCGUGUACCAGCCGCCGCAGUAG